CUCGUCGAUUUUUUCCAACGGAAAAGUUUUACUUUUUGACGAUUCUCUUUUGCAGAGCAAGCGACGUAAACAAUACCUGAGAUUGCAUUAUGAAAGAUCUGUUCUUGUGUUGGGGUAUUGCUAUCUCGACUGUCUUGCUUCGCGCGUUGUUUAGCUUCUAUUUUCAUUUGGACCGAGACCGUGACGAGAGAUCAAUCCCCCACCAACAACCUUCUCUUCACAAUUUUUCCAACAUCUACCUACCAUUUCUGCUACACACACAUUUUCGAAAUCACAAAAAGGAAGACUUUAUUUCAAAAGCCAAUUCUUCUCGAAAUAACUGCAAUUCCUACCUCUUGAACCGGAGUCUUUUCAACCCAAACAUUUUCGAAAAUCUGAAAGAUCAACGCAACUAUGGCAAACAUUCUCACUAUCCCAAACGAAAUAAAAUUGGCAAUCGUCAAAUAUGUGUCCGAACAAGAUGCUCUUAACAUGAGAUUCAUGUCCAUGGAGUGGGCAGCUGCCGGCGUUGACGGCUUUUUCAAAAAUGAUGGCUGCUUCAAUUUCAAACCGACUCGGGAUCAGCUUACUAGACUCGCCAAUUUAUGCGCAAAUCCAGAAUUCGUGAAGAAUAUUCGCCAAAUCAAUUUCAAUCUUGGCGAUUUUGACAGCGAAACACUCCUAGAGAUGUGGAAGACACAACGGACACUGUCAAAUGCUCCUCCCAGCGCUAAAGAAUACGGUCAAAUGCGAUCACUUGUCAGAAUACCAACCUAUCCAGGAGCAUGGAAACAGUUCGCGGAAGUGACACGUCUCACGGAAAUCAUGUCCAUGCUGCCAAACUUGAAGAAAGUCUCAGUGAAUAGAUUUGGCUGUCCCUUCCCUGGAAAAGAAGCUGAUGAGCAUUGGGCACAACAGCUGCGUCUGUAUGCUGAUCGUCGAGUGAAAUGGCGUGUCUACGAUAGAGCUUCUGGUAUAACGAGCCUUCUAGGAAGCUACUGGCAAUGCGCUUCUGCAUCUCUCGGCUUCGUAGAAGAAUUGAACUUAGGCACGGUACCAGUUGAGGCCUUAGAGGAGCUCACCAGAGAUAUAAUGCAGCGCCAAAGCAACUCAGCCUCGACGACGGUCGCCACGAAAGCAGCUCUGUACCCGAAUAUCAAAUCGCUUUCCAUUCGAGCUGCUGCAGGAACUGCUGUAUCGCCACAUGAAGAGGAUGAUCAAUUUGUUUACUCUGACAAGAAGCUAGCAUGCAAUGUUGUUUGCUUGCUUAGUGCUUUCACCAACAUUCGACACCUGCGACUCGACCUUGCAUUGGAAGCUUGUAAUCGCGUACGGACAUCCUUCUCGAUUCAGUUUCAGAGGCUUCAUUUCCCGCAUCUGGAAUGCGCAAUCAUUGGCAACAUGCAGAUACCAGCAGACGAAGUCCGACAUUUCUUUUACAAACACCGAUCAACCUUGAAGAAAUUGGUUUUCCUGCUUGUUAGUACUUGGCUACGCCAGCGCUGGUCUAGGCAUAUCCUCACUGAGAUUCGGAUGAACCUCAAUCUGGAUGAGUUCCACCACGCACUAUGCAACUGCGAUUUUUCUUUGCCUAUGCAAACUUCUACAAGUCGCUGUACGCAUCGGCAUCCCCGCGCCGAAAGGUUCGUGGAGCUGUAUGUUACGAAGAAGAUAGACUGGCCCUUCGUAGAUGACGAACCUCAAGAUAGCUCGGGGUACCAUUGGAAUCCAACAAAAUGGCUCGUUUACUGCAGCUACUCUGAUCUAUACAAAAAGAGCCUCGUAGAGCUCGCUGCUCGGGCCCGUGGAGAGUGGCCCCCACCAUCAACUCCAAUAAUGCCUCCUUGGAUGCUGGAUUGAGUUUCUCCAGUACCUGUACUGCAGGCACGACUCAAACUCAAAGCUCGACAGCAGCUGCAAAUUUCACAACUCUCAAUAUAGUGGGUUGUGUACCAUAAUCAUCGCCUGACUAAAACUUGUCAUACCGAUCCACCGAGACUCGGUCUCAUUCUCUCUCUCUUAUUGGAGAAUGUCCCAGCUUCUGGGGAUCUUUUGGAAAUGGCACCUUGGUAGAGACUCGGAUUGGAUGAAAGGUAUUUGAUUGCUGGUACUGUUUUUGGUUUAUGUUUUUGGUUUAUGUUUUUGAUUUAUGUUUUUGUUUUUUGGUAGUUUAAUGUAUCUUAGAAUGAACAAAAUUGAUCAGAAGUCUUCCUUUUCAGAUAUGUGAAGGUG